CCUGCUUCUCAUCUUCUCAUCCCUCCCUUCCGCCCUGGAGCUCCCAACAUUGCCAACUGUUGUCCUAUUAUCUCCCUCCCCAGCCAUAGACCAUGGAAGAUUCGGGCGCACAUGACCUCAUCAACGAGCUGCUCCAGGGGAGGGACCUCGCAAGGCAGCUUCAGAUGUGUGUGAACGCUCCCUCCGCCUCCCCACAAACCCCUGACAUGUUGAUCCGUGGCAUCAUCGCCGCAUUUGACAACGCCCUCGCCCUGCUCAACAGCCCCGCCGCCAAACACCCAACUGACUCACCGCCUUUCAGUCCUCUUGCCCAACACUCCCACAAGCAUAUCCAGCUCCAUGAACAAAACUCCUUGGCAAGAUGGACCAAGCAGAUUAGAAUUAGCCCCGGGAUGGCCGUCGAGUCCCUUCUCGACGAUGGGUUUAGCUGGAGGAAAUAUGGCCAGAAAGACAUUCUUGGAGCCAAAUUCCCGAGAGGAUACUAUAGAUGCACCCAUAGACAUACGCAGGGGUGCUUGGCCACAAAGCAAGUGCAACGAUCCGACGAAGACCCGGCAAUCAUGGAAGUUAAUUACAGGGGAAACCACACCUGCAAGCUCGCCCCCAGCACCGCUCCUCCGUCGCAAGAACAGCUCGUGAACCUACGUGCAGGCCUGAGGGUGCUGACGGAGAACUUAAAUGCUUCUGACCAGACCUCUUUUGCUUCAUUCCUGUUGCCUUCGACUUCCAACGUGAAACCCGACAGCCCAGACUCCACGUGUCCUGCCGUCGAAAACAACGUUGAAACCUUUAGUUCUUCUCCAUACAUGUCCCCCGCCUCCCCUGCCGCAGCCAACUAUUCGGUGUCCCAAGGAGUGGUCAAUACCUCAGCAGGACCCCUUAAUUUGCCUGCUUCAACCUCUGACAUUAACAACGUCGUCUCUCCGGCAAGCGCCCCCGCCGUCGCUUCCGAGUUCCCAUUUGACCGCUUCGAAAUUGAAGGCCGCAACUUCACAUUUCCGAACCCAGGAUACUUUUAGUCGUGCAUAGUUUUGCUUUUGACAAGGUUUUGUUUUAGCUAUAUAUAGAUUAUAGAUAGAGAUAUAUGUAUUAGCGUAGCUAUGUGUGUGUAUACAUAUAGCAAAGAGAAACAGUGGCAUUUGCCCGUGUUUUUAACUCCUCGUACCAUCGUACGAAUUAGCAAUUUCUGUGGUUGGUGUCAGAGAGACAGUGCUGCUUCCUUACUAAAAACAUGUCAAAUUAUUUUUCCCCCUUGAAGG